CUGCCCCCCUGUGGUUAAAGUAGACACCGCAGCAGGGGGAGGUUUAGUGUAUCCUGGCACUAAGGUUAGUCAUUAACCUUGUCUUCUCGGUCACUCGGGCAGCACAGAAGGAGGAGGACAGCUACUCUGACUGUCUGAGGCAUGCUGCCGCCAAGCCGCCACAUCUUACCAUGGGCGACUGUAACACCAGCACAGACGAGCGGGCUCCAUCCGUAGAGGACGACAUUACGGUGGUGUUUCACAAAGUUGUCAACCAUGGGCGAAACAACGGGCACGACGACCACGACGACAACGAGUGCGGCGACGCAGAGCGGGUUCUCCUGCGGGGCAACUGCCGCGGUGACGACGUCGAGGAGGGUGGUGAUGCUGAGGGGAAGGAGGAAGCGAGUGGAAGCGAAGAUUCAUUGGAAGGUGGCAAGAAGAAAACGCCGCUGUGCCCGCCGGCGUUUUGCGUCAGGGGAGCGAACACAUCUCGGGGAGCAAGCGCAGAGCAAGAUGCAGAGAAACCAAAAAAAUGUCCAGGUCUUGGUCUGUUUUAUGCCUUUGUGUCCACUGUUUUCUUCUCUAUCAUUGCCCUUGUGGUGAAAACCAUCCAGGGACUCCACGCCAUAGAAAUAAGUGCCAUACGCUGCUUCUUCCAGAUGCUCUUUGUCGUGCCGCUACUUAUCUACCACAAGACAGGUUUCCUUGGUCCAAGAGAUAAACGUAUAUAUCUGGUGCUUCGGGGUUUCAUUGGUUCCAAUGCCAUGAUCCUGCUCUACUAUGCUGUUCAACAGAUGCCUCUGGCAGAUGCCACUGUCAUCAUGUUCAGUAAUCCAGUCUUUACGUCGCUCCUGGCUUGGAUAUUCCUGAAGGAGAAAUGCACAAUCUGGGACUGUGUCUUCACCGUUUUCACAAUCACCGGAGUCAUCCUCAUCGCUCGGCCGCCGUUCCUCUUUGGCGACCAUCUGCGUGGCAUUGAGGGCAACUACUGGAACCACAUCAAGGGGACUAUUGCUGCAUUUGCAGGAGCCGUCGCUGCUGCUUUUACAUUUGUCGUCCUUCGCAAAAUGGGGAAAAGUGUCCACUACUACCUCUCUGUUUGGUACUAUGCUGUGAUCGGCUUCAUCGAGUGCCUCAUCGCCGUAUCCGUCCUUGGGGAAUGGAAAAUCCCCUCAUGUGGCCGUGAUCGCUGGAUGCUGAUGUUGAUCGCCGUGCUGGGCAUCGCCGGCCAGACCUUCCUGACAAAGGCCCUGCAGAUCGAGAAGGCUGGAGCUGUGUCCCUGAUGAGGACUGUGGAUGUGGUGCUGGCUUUCUUCUUCCAGUUUAUUUUCUUUAACCGCGCGCCCACAUGGUGGAGCCUCGGAGGGGCGCUGUGCGUGGUGGCGAGCACGAGUGGCAUCGCUGUUCGGAAGUGGUACAUCAGCUCUCGCAAGAGCUGAACUGGAGCAGCAGCAGCAGCGGAUAAUCAUUUAGUAUAACUAUUUAUUCUUUAUUUCAUUAUCAUACAGUAUGUUCCUGAUUUAUACAGUGUUUUACAUGUUAUUUUCACACAAAUCCGAGGAGGAACCGGCUAUAACUUUGAGGAGUUAAAGGAAUGGGUCAGGUUUUUUUAAGUGUGGUUGUAUGAUGUCCUGACACAGUGCUGACUCCACAAAGAGCACACAGUGCACAUCUCCUGUGCCGGGAACCAGCUUUGAAACACGGGGGCUGAAUCAGAAACUGAUUUUAGACUCCAGACCAAACACUAACCAAAUAUAAUCUAGGUCAUUUUGAGUCUAUGAUACUUUAAGAAUAUGUUUGGCACAUUAUCUCUCUGUUAGAUAGCCUUAUCUUUGUUGUUAUGUAGCUUUCCAGCAACAAAAACAACUAACCUUAAAACAUCAACAGUGGCCUUGCAGCUUUAGUUUUGUGUCCCUGUAAGAUGAAAAUACUGAUUUUCUUUUUGGACUUUGGUGCAGACAAGUGAGUUGUAUAGAACUGUGUAGUGCAUAGAUAAAAUAGUGAAAACCUUCUAAAAUAUCAUAGAAUUAAAAUGGCAUGGAUUAUUAUUAGGUGAGUUUUUAAUUAACUGGCUAAAAAGCCGUUUCUCGGUGCUGGAGGAUGCGCACGUUCCUGUCAGCAGUGACUUUGUAACUCAUACAACCACACUUACAAAAUAAUGGAGCUAUGGCUUUAAAAGCAGAAAAAGUAGACAAAUAAUCCAGUAGGCAGUGAUGACAGAGGAACUGUAGAAGCACUUUUUCAGCCUCAGACCGUGUCCUGCUCCCUGAGUCAUGUGCAGUUAACGACCUGGAUACUCCAGAUAUUCUCUUUCACAAAUAAUGUGGCCAACACAACUAGUUAAAAGUAGAAUUUUGAAGGAAACUAUGAAGGAAAAAUAAAAAGAGUUUUUUUCACUGCACUGGGACCAUUCAUGCUGUCCAACACAAUAUCAAUCAUCCAUUAUAAGAUAUAAAGCAUAAGCACCAAA